AGGGCAAAGGGGAGUGGUUUAACGUCGAGUUUCUGCUUCAUACAUUAAGAGCUAAGGCAGCCUGCUUUUUCCAAGGAUGUACAGGGCAAGAAGCUUGUUUCAGUUGCCAAGAACAUUUCACGUGUCCAUAAGGAGAACUCUUGGCUUUAGGACAGUGCACAGGAGUGCUUCUUGUCUACCAGGUGCUACAGCUACACUCAGAAACCAGCAUGUCACUCUGAGGUCGAGGAGCACUGGUGUGGGGCUGUGGAGUGGAGUGCAGACUGGAUUCUGUUCACCUGUGUCUCCACUGGUUUCAUUCAACAGAGGAUAUGCAGAUCUACCAAACCAUAUCCUGGUAAACCUCCCAGCCCUCUCUCCCACCAUGGAAACAGGCACUAUUCUCUCUUGGGAGCUCGCUGAGGGGGAUGAGAUCGAAGACGGAGAUGCGAUAGCCCAGGUGGAAACAGACAAGGCUACAAUGGACAUGGAGGCACCUAGAGCUGGUUACCUUGCCAAAAUCAUCGUGCCCGCCGGGUCGAAAGAUAUUCCCUUAGGGAAGUUGUUGUGUAUCAUUGUGGAGAAUGAAUCUGAUGUCGCGGCAUUUAAAGACUUUCAGCCUUUAGCUGAGGAUGCACCACCGGCUUCCACCCCUACACCAGAGGCACCAGCUCCACCACCUUCACAGCCCACACCCUCUUCUUCACAACCUUCACAACAGCCUCUAACAACACCCACUGGAGGGAGAGCUAUUGCCAGUCCCUAUGCCAAGAACCUUGCAUCUCAGCAAGGAAUCAACCUUCAGAGUGUGCAAGGCAGUGGUCCCGGAGGUAGAAUUGUGUCCAAGGAUCUGCUGAGUAUAGCAACUCAACCACUGGCAGCAGCUGUCGCCUCCCCAGACGGCGGUGACUAUACUGACAUUGAACUUUCAAAUAUGAGGAAGACUAUUGCAAAGCGUCUUCAGCAGUCCAAGCAAAACAUUCCUCAUUACUACUUGACUGUGGACAUCACUGUGGACAGCUUGCUCAGGCUACGUCAGGAGUUUAAUCAUGAAGCUAAACACUUCAAGUUGUCUGUAAAUGAUUUCCUGAUCAAGGCAGCUGCUCUGGCCAUGAACACAGUGCCUGAAGUGAACUCCAGCUGGAUGGAGACGUUCAUUCGUCAACACCACAGUGUGGACAUCUGUGUGGCAGUGAGCACUGAUGGAGGUCUCAUCACACCCAUUGUGUUCUCAGCACAGAACAAGGGGCUGAUGGCGAUAAAUGCCGAGGUAAAGGAGUUGGCGGAGAAAGCUCGUAGUGGGAGACUACAGCCACGAGAGUUCCAAGGUGGCACCUUCACCAUUUCCAACCUAGGAAUGUAUGGGAUCAAACAUUUCACAGCUGUCAUCAACCCACCACAAUCUUGUAUCUUAGCUGUCGGUGGUGUGGACAAAAGAAUCAUUGUUGAUGAGAACAGCAUCAAGGGGUUCCGUAGUGCUGAUGUGCUGACUGUGACGCUGAGCUGUGACCACAGAGUGGUGGAUGGGGCGGUGGGUGCUCAAUGGCUUGCAACUUUCAAAGACCUUCUUGAGAAACCACACACUAUGCUUUUGUAACACACUAUAGCUAUAAAUUAUGACUGUUGUAUUUUCAAAUAGCUUCUACAGAGAUAUAUUUGGUCAUAUUAUUUUAUGUACCAGUAUUACACACCUCUUAUUAUGUAAACAACAGAAUUGUUCUGCAAUUAAUGUAGGUAACACACUAAUUAUAUAUAGCUAUAAAUUAUGACUGUGUUGUGUUUUAAAUACUUCUACAGAGAUAUUGGUCAUAAUUAUUAUUUUAUAUGCACCAGUAUUACA